UGGAUGUUUCAUUUGCAGCGCUUUUGAGUUGAACUCUAAAUAGAACCAUCUGUACCGUUAAUUAAGCCUGGUGGACUAGUAGUGAUAAAAAUUUUACUUCAUCACGUCUUAAUUUACAAUGAAAAUUCCGUCUGUUACCGUGAUACUGUGUUCGUUAUUCUUCUGCUACAUAGCUCACUCAAUUUAUACAUUAGUGAAAUUGUUUAGUACCCCCAUAUGUACCAAAAAACCAUGUUUUCAAUCGUACUUCGCAUCUAACCCUAAGCUCCAGUUAGUAUUGUUUACUUCUCCUACAAGCAACCCUAUAAGUAGUGAAGUUACCAAAAUUACUUCAAUAAGACGGUUUGAUUAUUACAAUGAAUACAAAAGGUCAUUCGUUAUCGGCAUUCCCGCAAAGACAAGGCGCAAUGGAACAUUAUUUUUACAUGCUAUUCUCGGAGCGGAUAGUGAAACUAUUGAAUGGAAAUCUCUUAAGACGGACGGCCCUACGGUGUUACAGAAAAUGCAAUUAACAGAAUAUGCAAUUCCAAGAGCAGCUGCAUUUAAUCUUCUUGGUGAACCGGAAUCCAAAAAUUCAAGGCACAAAUCUUUUUCAACCAAAUCAGUAACACAUGUUCGAACGAAGGUGUUUUUCAACAUACUUACGGAACAUUUUCAAAUGUCAAUUGCUGAUAUACCACCAGAGUUAGCCAGAUAUGUUCGAAUCAACUAUAAAAACGAAUUUCUGCCAAUCUUGCAUGUAGAUUUUUCAAAAGCUCGUCAGGCGGACUUGCUUGAAGUUAAAGCAAGGAGCGAAAACUUCACGCUGGAGUUGAACUAUAUACCGAUAGGAGUUGGUAAACUGAAACUGUUGGCACAUGUGGAACAAGCAUUUCAAGCUCUUCAGACAAUGGGAUUCUCCAAUAAGGAUUUAGAUGAAGUGAAAGGAAUAUUUUCGGAUACGAAUUUGUAUUUACUGUGUGGAACUCUUUUUGUUGGAAGUAUACACAUGCUGUUUGAUUUUCUCGCGUUUAAGAAUGACGUCUUAUUCUGGCGUCACAGAAAAAGUUACGCUGGAUUGUCCGCCAGAUCAAUUCUUUGGUGUGCGUUUAGUCAAAUAGUCGUAUUUUUAUAUCUGAUGGACGCUGAAACAUCAUUAAUAGUGUUAAUCCCUGCUGGAAUUGGAACAAUUAUCGAAUUGUGGAAAACGAAGAAAAUUUUCAGAUUGAAACUAGGAUGGUCUGGGAUACAAUAUGCACCACUUACUGAACAAACAAGUCUACUUUCGCAAGCUGAAAAUGAUACGCGAAUAUUUGAUAAACAAGCCAUGAAAUAUCUCAGUUAUCUAUUGUAUCCUCUUUGUGUUUGCGGUGCAAUUUAUUCGCUUAUUUAUCAGCCUCACAAAAGUUGGUAUUCGUGGACAAUCAAUUCCUUAGUCAAUGGUGUUUAUGCGUUUGGAUUUUUAUUCAUGCUACCGCAGUUGUUUAUAAACUAUAAACUCAAAUCAGUUGCGACGUUACCUUGGCGUGCAUUAAUGUACAAAGCAUUCAACACGUUUAUAGAUGACAUUUUUGCAUUUAUAAUCACUAUGCCCACAUCACACCGUAUCGCAUGUUUCAGAGAUGAUCUGGUGUUCAUAGUUUAUCUCUAUCAAAGAUGGUUAUACCCAGUGGAUAAAUCUCGACUUGACGAUGGAACAUCUGUUCAUAACAAUAUUGACAAGACUGCUUCAAAUGAUGAGGUUCAAAACGCUAAGAAAGAAAACUGAGGAAUUUAAAAUCAGCAUAUUUUGAAAUAAAUACGCACAUUCCUUU